AUGACUUCACUUAACAAACAACAAGAUAUUGAUUACAUAUCAGAAAUUUUUGUAAAAAAUUAUCAACAAUUACCAUCAAUAAUUGAAGAUGCAAUGGAUUGGGCACAUUGUAAUGGAUUAAUUUUUAGAACAAAGGAACACAAAGACAGAAGUGACAUUUGCCAAAUUGCACCAUUUUCUUUUUUUCCGUCGCCUUUUCCAAGAAGAUUGUUUGAUCAAGCAUUGUCUGUACAAAAGGCCUUAAAUCUUCUUUAUUUUAAAGUCUCAUGGGAUUAUGAAUUUUUAAAACAAGCACAUCAACAAGUUAUAAAAUCGGAUGAAUUUACUCGUCGUUUAAUGUCAAUUCUUGAUAUUGUUUACAAAGAAGGUAUAAAACAACCAAUUACUUUACUUACUCAAAGAGCUGAUUAUAUGUGCCAUUAUGAUGGAAUAUUUACAGAAAAUGAAAUAAACUUUGAUAAAUUUCAGUUAAAACAGAUUGAGGUAAACAAUAUAGCGGUCAGUAUGGGUGGACUUGCUGAAAAGACAACUAAACUUCAUCGACGUGUAUUUAAAAAAAUGGGAAUGAAUGUGCCUAAUAAUGAUGUUAUGCCGGUAAAUGAACCAAUUAGAACACUUUGUGAAGGAAUUUAUAAUGCUUGGAAACUUUUAUCUAAUCCAAAUGCUAUUUUAUUGAUGGUUGUUGAAAAAAAUAGUCAAAAUCAAUUUGAUCAACGCGCUAUUGAAUAUGGAUUGGAAGAACUUUCAGAAGGGAAAAUGAUUAUUAUUCGAUUGACUUUUGUAGAAUGUGCUGAUAGACUUAUACUGGAUGAAAAAACUUUUAAUCUUCUUCUUGGCGAUAAAACUGUUGGGAUUGUUUACUUUCGUACUGGAUAUUUACCUGAAGAUUAUGCUUCUGAAGUCGCCUGGAAUGCUCGACUUUUGAUGGAACGUUCUACAGCAAUUAAAUGCCCUUGGAUUGGAUUACAAAUGGCUAAUACAAAGAAAAUUCAGCAGGUUUUGAGUUGCUCUGGUAUAUUGGAGAAGUACUUGACCUCUUCAAAUGAUUUGGAAAAUGAUGCCAUACAAAAUCCACAAAAAUAUGUCUUAAAACCUCAAUUGGAAGGAGGAGGAGGAAAUUAUUUUGACAAGGAGAUAACUGAAAAAUUGCAAAGUUUUACUUUUGAGAUGCGUGCCUCACAUAUAUUAAUGCAAAGAAUUCGGCCUUUAAUUGUUAAGAAUUGUUUAAUCCGCCCAUUUGAUGAUGACAAUUUUAAAAAAUUACAUAAUGUAGUUAGUGAACUUGGAAUUUAUGGUUCUUUAAUUGGAAUUGGUGGAAAAGAAGAGGAAGUUAAAUUAAAUUCAGUUGGUGGCCAUAUACUUCGAACAAAAUUAGAAAACGUUAAUGAAGGUGGAAUUGCUGUUGGUGCUUCUGUUGUUGAUUCUCCGUUUCUUUUUUAA